AUGGCAUAAUUAGCAUAAGAGGCUGAAGUUAGCUAAUAAAUUCAAAAAGUGCUUAAGUAAUCUGUUACAAAAAAGGAGAAGAAAUCAUUGAUCAAAUCAAUAAAAAAGAGUUCAAUAGCUUAGUUAGGUAAAGCAUCAUCAUUUCAAACAAUAAUUUCUGUGUCGAAUUCAAUGGUUGGUACUAGUACUUUGGUUUUUCCAGUUUUAUUUUGUUAAUGUGGCAUAGGAUUAGGAAUAAUAAUAGCCAUAAUAAUAGGAUUGAUUUCAUGUAGAACAACUCAAUUAUUGAUUGUACAUAAUAAAUAAGAGGAGGUAUAUAAAUUACCUAAAUUAAUAGAUGGAUUUACCAGAUACAUUAUAAAGAGUUUUGGGUGUAAAAUGGAAGACUAUUUUUAAUAUUAGUAAUGUAAUUCUUUUAUGGGCAAGUGGAAUUAUAUAUAUGAUUUUGAUAUGCAAUCAACUUUAUCCUUUAAUUUAAAUAAUAUGUGAUAAUAUUGGCAUAGAAAGUGCGCCACUAACAGAUAUUACACUGUCUAAACUUUCAUAUUAAUGGAUAGGAAUAGGAUUUACUUUAUUUAUUUUACCAAUGUUUUUCUAAAAAAAAUUAGGAAUUAUUUUGCAACUUUUGCCAUAUGGAAUUAUUUCAGUUUUUUCAUUUAUUAUAUUUACAAUAUAUGAGGGAAUAUAUAUGUUGGUAAAUGAUCAUUAAGGAGUGGUUGAUAAUUUGAAAUGGUUUAGUUGGGAUGUAUCAACAAUGGCUGGUACAUUUGCAUUGGCAUUAUUAAUAUAAUCUAUGGUUGUACCAAUAAUGAAGAAUAAUAUGAUAUAAUAAAAUAAUAAUAGAGAUAUUGCAAUAGGAUUUGCAUGGACAUGGUUUGUUUAUUGUAUGGCUGGAACAUUUGGUGCAUUUGCAGUUGCUGGUGCUUUGGCAAAUAAUUAAAAAUAAGAUGGAAAAAGUGGAUCUACACUUUUAGAUUAUUAUCCAUAAGAUAAUCCAUUAGUAAUUGUGAUUUAAGUUUUAUUGUUUCUACAAUUAACACUUGUCUUUCCAGUUUUAUAAUUUAUUACAAGAUCUUAAUUUUUUGGACUUAUUUAUGAAUUAGAAAGAUAACCAAAAUGGCAGUUUUAUGCAUUUUCAUUAACUUAUGCAAUUACUUGUCUAAUUGUUUAAUGUGUUGAAGUUGAUUUAUCUUUAAUUAUUAGUUUAUGUGGGUAAUUAUAUAUAAUAUUGUUAUUUAGUGCUGUAAUUGGAUUGUUUUAAGAAUAUAUCAUUCCUAUUGCUUUACAUUUGAAUUGUUUAUAUGGAAAAGAUCCUACCAAAACAUAAACAUAACCAAAUUAUAAUUAAGUUUAAGCAAGCAUGGAAUCUACAUAAUAUUUAGUAGAUUAAGUUGAUUUUACUAAAUUUUCACUUAAUGAUGAAGUUUAUAAUAUUUUAUUAUUUUUUUUAGGAGGAAUUUAAAUGUAAUGAUCAUUCAGAACUUUUAAAGCGUAUGCCUAAGAAUUUAAGAAUAUCUUUAUUUUCAUUUAUAUUGGUCAUUGGAAUUGCUAUUGGAAUAGGCAAGUUGAUUGAUAUAUUUAAAUGA